AUGAGUUCGUAUACUAUAGAGUUAGACGACUAUUUCGGAGCAGCAAUGGAGAAACUCAAGGGGACCCGAGGGCGCACCCGAAGAUCGUCAGAAGAAGGUUCAUCCGCCCCAAAGAGAUCCAAACCACGACGAAAGCCGGAAAAGACCAUCAGCGAGGAGGACACCGAUGAUGAGGAGUCCAUACAAGACAAGCCACAGCCGCCACCUCAUGGAUCCUCUCCAUCAGCACCGCCCGGAGACAGUGAAGACCGCCCGGAUGCAUCCAUCAUAUAUUCCAUGCUUCUCGAGGUGCGAGAGAAUCAAACGAAAAUGAUGGCCAUGAUGACCUCGACAACAGAAAGCUUGGACAAGGACAGACAAAUAACUAACAACCUCAGCCUCAGGGUGGAGACUCUCCAAAAGGCCCGAAUGCUAGGGCUCACGGCCCAACCCCACCCCAGCCGCAGGAUCCGCUCCCUCCAGUGGUCCAACCCCCCACUCAACCGAGGAGAAAAGAGGACCCGUGUUCAUAUGACCAACCAUCAAUAG